AUGGAUAACUAAAUUUGUAAUAGAAAAUGUUAAUUACAUGAUGAAAAUGUAAUAGCUACAAGUCUUAAUACAUAAUGCGAUGAAUAGAGUCGAUAUUUUUGUAGUAAAUGUCUUGUGUUAAAGAUUAAUGACAAAGCAAUACAUACUAAUCCUGAUGCAUAAAAGAGAAUAAUCUUGAUGAAAUCUGAAUUUGAAUAAAAAACUUAAAAUUUGAUUAAUCAAAAUAUUGAAGUGCUAAAUUAAUUUUCUGAGAACAUUGAAAUGUAAAAAGGAUAACUUACUACUACUUUAGAUGAUAUCAACAAUACAAUUUAAAAUGAAAUAAAAAGACUUUAGGAUGUAUAAAAAUAAAUAGAAGAGAAUAUUAAAAUUAUAGAUAUCUAUAAUUUGAAUAAAAUUAAUGAAGCUCAAAAAUUACUUGAUUAACAAUUUUCUCUAUUUCGUAAAACAAUUUAUUCACAAAUAACUGAACUAGAAACUAAUUUAAAAUUCGAUUAAUAUUUAAAAUACUUGGAUGAACUAAAAGAGGAAGUAUCAUCAUUAAUUUGUUAUAAUAAAGAAUAGGAAGCUUCAGAUGAAAAUUAGAUUGUAAUCUAAUCAUAUCUUAUUAAUAGUCAACUCCUGGGUUAAAGAUCUUUUGUUAAAAGCAUAAGACAGAAAUUAUUGCAUUUGAUUUAAAUCCUUAAAGAGCAAAAGAGAAUAGAUUAGCAUGUAUCUAUUGUAUAGAAUAAAAUACUCUUCCCUAUUCUUCUUUAAGUAGAGUAAUUGAAAAAUGGAAAAAAUAUGAGGAACUUAAAAAAUCAAAAUUUUUAUAAAUAUAAUAAAAGCAUUAUGAAACUUAAUAAAUUGUCAUUUAAUAAUUAACUUUAAUUAAUAGCACAUGUCAAUAAAAAAAUGAAGAAUUAAUGAUGAAUAUUAAAGAAUUUCGAAAUUUUAUUGAUGGAUCUGUAAAUAAAGUAAUCAAUUAAAUGGGUAGAACAUGGGCUAAUUAAUCUCAAAAGGAUAUACUAGAUUAUGUUGAUGUAUUAAGCAAAUCAAUUUAAAAUGAUGAAGUUAUUUUAAGUGAGGAUAACUAUUAUUAAAAGGAUGAAAAUGAUAUAAAUAAAUUAAUCUUUGAUUCAAUAGAAAAAAUAAAAGAAACAUGCUUAUAAUGUUGUUAAAGAAUUUAAAAUACAAUAAAAAUUCCAAAUUAAAAUUCCUUAAGAGAAACAAUAUUAACUUCACCAUGA